CUAACAAGUAUCUUGUUUUCCUGUGGCAGUACAAUAGGGUUUGGAUCCCUGAUAAUGAAGAAGUUUGGCAGUCUGCGGAAAUCACGAAGAACUACAAAGCUGGAGACUGUUUCCUCUCCGUGCAAUUAGAAGAUGGAACUGAACUGAGUUACCCUGUUGAUCCAGCUGCUUUGCCACCCCUGCGGAAUCCUGACAUACUUGUUGGUGAAAAUGAUCUCACUGCACUUAGUUAUCUCCAUGAACCAGCUGUUCUGCACAAUCUCAGAGUUCGUUUUGUGGAGUCCAAGCUUAUCUACACCUACAGUGGAAUCAUUCUGGUUGCAAUAAACCCCUAUAAGCAGUUGCCAAUAUAUGGAGAUGCUAUUAUCCAUGCAUAUAGCGGGCAGAACAUGGGGGACAUGGAUCCACAUAUAUUUGCGGUGGCAGAAGAAGCGUACAAGCAAAUGGCAAGAAAUAACAAAAAUCAGUCUAUUAUAGUCAGUGGAGAAUCAGGAGCUGGAAAGACUGUCUCUGCGAGAUACACCAUGAGAUACUUCGCCACUGUGAGUAAGUCAGGCAGCAACGCACACGUGGAGGAUAAAGUACUGGCGUCCAAUCCAAUAACUGAGGCUGUCGGCAAUGCAAAAACUACGCGAAAUGAUAAUAGCAGUCGCUUUGGAAAAUACACCGAAAUCAGUUUUGAUCAGAGUUACCAAAUCAUUGGAGCUAACAUGAGAACGUAUCUGCUUGAGAAGUCCAGAGUUGUCUUUCAGUCGGAGAAUGAGAGAAACUACCAUAUAUUUUAUCAGUUGUGUGCAUCUGCUACGCAACCAGAAUUUAAGCAUCUUAAAUUGGGCAGCGCAGAAGAAUUUAACUACACAAGAAUGGGUGGCAGCACAGCUAUAGAAGGAGUUGAUGACAGAGUGAAUAUGGUGGAGACUCAGAAGACAUUUGCUUUGCUGGGUCUGAAGGGGGAUUUUCAGAUGGAUGUUUUUAAAAUGCUGGCAGCAAUCCUACACUUAGGCAAUGUGGAAAUAAAGGCUGUUGGAGAUGAAAGAUCAUCCAUCAGUCCGAAUGAUGAGCAUCUCAGUAACUUCUGUGAACUUCUGGAUUUAAACUGCGACAGGAUGGCACAGUGGUUGUGCCACCGAAAGAUCGUCACUACCUCGGAAACUGUAGUAAAGCCAAUGACAAGAGCUCAGGCUGUUAAUGCAAGGGACGCUCUGGCAAAGAAGAUCUAUUCUCACUUAUUUGACUUUAUUGUGGAAAGAAUUAACCAAGCUUUGCAGUUCCCUGGCAAACAACAUACUUUUAUUGGUGUUUUGGACAUUUAUGGCUUUGAAACGUUUGAUGUGAACAGUUUUGAACAAUUUUGCAUCAAUUAUGCUAAUGAAAAGCUGCAGCAGCAAUUUAACCUGCAUGUCUUUAAACUCGAACAAGAAGAAUAUAUGAAGGAAGAUAUCCCAUGGACUUUAAUCGACUUCUAUGACAACCAGCCUGUCAUUGACCUUAUUGAAGCUAAAAUGGGAAUUUUAGAACUUCUGGAUGAGGAGUGCUUGUUACCUCAUGGAACAGAUGAAAACUGGCUUCAAAAGCUAUAUAACAAUUUUGUCAAUAAAAAUGCACUCUUUGAAAAGCCCAGGAUGUCAAACACGUCUUUCAUCAUUCAACACUUUGCUGAUAAGGUAGAGUAUAAAUGUGAAGGAUUUCUGGAAAAAAACAGAGACACUGUGCAUGAAGUCUUGAUUGACAUCUUGAAAGAGAGCAAGUUUCAUCUGUGUGCAAAUUUUUUUCAAGACAAUCCGGUGUCCGUUUCACCUUUCAGUUCAACUAUAAGCAUCAAAUCUGCAAGGCCUGCUCUCAAGUCGCCCAACAAACACCUCCGGAUGACUGUUGGCAGUAAGUUCCGGAGUUCCUUGUCUUUGCUUAUGGUGACACUCAAUGCAACCACCCCUCAUUAUGUAAGAUGCAUAAAGCCAAAUGAUGACAAGUUGCCUUUUGAGUUUGAUUCAAAAAGAGUUGCUCAGCAGCUGCGAGCAUGUGGUGUUCUGGAAACUAUUCGAAUCAGUGCACAGAGCUACCCGUCCAGGUGGACUUACAUUGAGUUUUUCAGCCGUUACAGCAUUCUUAUGACGCAGCAGGAACUCUCCAUAAAUGAUAAGAAGCAGAUUUGCAAGAUUGUUUUGCAGAGGCUAAUACAG